ACUCUCUCUCUCUCUGUGUGUGUGUGUGUGUCCAUCUGCGAAUCUGAAGCUCACAGCGAGCACCAGGACUGCAAACAUGAGUCAAACACCACCUAUGAGUCAAAUGAAGUCCAGGAUGGAGAAUGCAGCGAAGAUGAAGGAUGAAGACAAGCUUUAUAAGCGAGAGGGAAUCCUAUACUCGACCAUUCUCAGCCCACCAGAGACCCUGGACAAGCUAAAAGAGCUGGAGGCCAGAGAGGACGACCUCAUCUUGGUGGCGUACCCUAAAUGUGGGUUUAACUGGAUGGUGGCCGUCUUGCGGAAAAUCGUGAAUGCUUCCUCGGGGAGAAAUGAGCCGCCUCCUGAAAGGCCGCCUCUGGUGGAGUUUUUACCUCCAGAUGUCCAAGAGAAACUGUCUGAAAUGCCCGUGCCGAGGCUUCUGGGAACUCAUCUGCACCCUGACCUCAUGCCUGCCUCUUUCUUCACCAAGAAGCCAAAGAUUCUGGUGGUGUUCAGAAACCCAAAAGACACGCUCGUCUCGUUCUUCCAUUUCAUGAACAAAAACCCGGUUCUGCCCAGCGCCGAGUCGUGGGACAAGUUCUUCUCCGACUUCAUGGCUGGCGAAGUUGCCUGGGGAUCUUAUUUUGAUCACGCUCUCGCCUGGGAGAAACGUCUAGACGACCCAAACGUGAUGAUCGUGACAUAUGAGGAUCUGAAACAGAACUUGCCAGAAGGAGUGAAGAAAGUCUCCGAGUUCUUCAACCUUCCACUGACGGAUGAGCAGAUCACCAGUAUCGCUGGGGAGAGUACGUUCAACGCUAUGCUGGAAAACUCUCAGAAAUCUCAUGGCAAUUUCGGCAACAUCUUCUUCAGAAAAGGCGAGGUGGGCGACUGGAAGAAUCAUUUUUCCGAUGUCCAGAGUAAACAGAUGGAUGAGCUCUUCCAAGCGAAACUAUCUGGGACAAAACUCGGAGCCAAACUGAAGUAUGACCUUUACUGCCAGUAAAUGUGAAGAAGACAUGACGUCACAGGCAUUCACGAGGGCAGCUGUUCAUCGACAUCUUUAAAUAUUGUCAUGUUUUGCUACAUUCCAUUGUUUACAAAACUCACUCUGCCAAUAAACCUCAUUUUCUAACAUUUAA